AUGCCCAUAUUGCCCCCCAGCCUCCUCAAAGCAGCCCCGAGGGCCGGCCUCCCCCUGGUCCAGAAGGAGAUCUCCCCUCCUGCGGGAACAGAGGUCUGGGGGCUGCACCACCUGAACGAUUCUGCGCUGAAGGCUCUGGGGACAGAAGGCCUCUUUCUCUUCUCCUCCUUGGACACGGACCGGGACAUGUACAUCAGCCCUGAGGAGUUCAGACCCAUUGCUGAGAAGCUGACAGGGUCAACUCCUGCGAGCAGCUAUGAGGACGAGGAGCUGUCCCCGGACCCCAGUGAGGAGACGCUCACCAUAGAGGCCCGAUUCCAGCCUCUGCUGCCGGAAACCAUGACCAAGAGCAAAGAUGGGUUCCUGGGGGUCUCCCGCCUGGCCCUGUCCGGCCUCCGUAACUGGACCACCGCAGCCUCGCCAAGUGCAGUGUUCGCAGCCCGCCACUUCCGACCCUUCCUGCCGCCCCGGGGCCCUGUGGCACUGGGGGAGCCCUGGUGGAUCAUCCCCAGUGAGCUGAGCAUCUUCACCGGCUACCUGUCCAACAACCGCUUUUACCCGCCACCGCCCAAAGGCAAGGAGGUCAUCAUCCAUCGGCUCCUGAGUAUGUUCCACCCUCGGCCUUUCGUGAAGACCCGCUUCACCCCCCAGGGUGCUGUCGCCUGCCUGACAGCCAUCAGUGACUUCUACUACACUGUCAUGUUCCGGAUCCACGCAGAGUUCCAGCUCAGCGAGCCGCCUGACUUCCCCUUCUGGUUCUCCCCCGGCCAGUUCACCGGCCACAUCGUCCUCUCCAAGGAUGCUACCCACGUCCGAGACUUCCGGCUCUUCGUGCCCAACCACAGAUCUCUGAACGUGGACAUGGAGUGGCUGUACGGGUCCAGUGAGAACAGCAACAUGGAGGUGGACAUCGGCUACAUUCCCCAGAUGGAGCUGGAGGCCAUGGGCCCCUCAGUGCCCUCGGUGAUCCUGGAUGAGAAGGGCAACAGGAUCAACAGCCACCUGCCCUCGGGGGAGCCCCUGCCCUUCGUGUUUGAGGAGAUCGAGUGGCAGCAGAAGCUGAGCUUGGAGGAGGCCGCCCAGCACCUGGAGGUGGCCAUGUACCCCUUCAAGAAGGUCAGCUACCUGCCGUUCACCGAGGCCUUUGACCGAGCCCAGGCUGAAAACAAGCUGGUGCACUCCAUCCUGCUGUGGGGGGCCCUGGACGACCAGUCCUGCUGAGGUUCCGGGCGGACUCUCCGGGAGACAGUCCUGGAGAGCCCGCCCAUCCUCGCCCUCCUCAACGAGAGCUUCAUCAGCACGUGGGCCUUGGUAAAGGACCUGGAGGACCUACAGACCAGCCCGGAGAACGCACAGCACGCGAAGUUGGCUGGCCUGCACCUGGAGAAGUAUAGCUUCCCCGUGGAGAUGAUGGUCUGCCUGCCCAAUGGCACUGUGGUUCACCACAUCAACGCCAACUACUUCCUGGACAUCACUUCCAUGAAGCCCGAGGACGUCGAGAGCAACGUCUUCAGCUUCUCGUCCACCUUUGAGGACCCCUCCACGGCCACCUACAUGCAGUUCCUGAAGGAGGGGCUCCGGCAAGGCCUGCCCCUCCUCCAGACCUAAGCACCCACCGGGCCAGGGGGCUCUGGAAAGAAAGCCCUCAGCCCAUGGUGCCCCAGAGGGACAGUGGUCUUCUGCAGGUGGCCCACACUCCGAGCCCCGACCUGGGCAGCCUCAACCAAGGGUGAUUGUCCCGGUAUGCUCCGCGAUGGUGGACAGACAGGAAGUGCCUGGGUCUGCCACCCCUUCCCUGUCCACGUGGGAAGAGCAGGCCCUAAGGAGGCUGGGCAGCCCCUCUCUCCUUACCCCACUCCCCUCCGCAAAGAAUCAUCAAGAAGCUCUGAUGCGGGGACACCAGGCUACCAAGGAACUGCUUCCUGUUCGUCUACAGCCAUCUUACCUAGCCACACCCCUGGCCGGCCUCCGGCGCCCAAUGUCCGCGCGCACACACAGAGCCUCUGGGCAAAACCAGGGUCACUCCCUCCUUCAGAACUGGAAAUCACACUGUAUGCCAGCUGGUCCCACCAGCUGAGGGCUUGCUCCGGAACAGGAAGCCAGCUGCCAGGGCAUUUACAACAAAGCAGCAGGCUUCCUUUAGCCAGGCACACCAGGGCCAAGGCACCCCCCAACCCCCACCCCUACCCCAGCACAGAGUCACAGCCGGAUUCUGGAGCCAGUGUCCCUUAAAAGGCCUCCUACCCUUCAACUCUGUACAAGACCAAUGCAGCCAAAGAGCUCCACCUCCCCAGCCAUCCAGGCAGCACCCCCCAGCCCCACUGGGUGGCUGGUGACUCUCCCUGGCCGCUCUCGGGCUCAGACCUCAGCCCAUGUCCUGAACCACUGACCACAGCCAGUCUUUUGUGUACCCGCGGGGAAGCCUUUGUCCAUGAACUUCCUCACAGUUUGUAUGUAUUUUUGAUAGCCUCAGUGCUGGAGCAAGAAGGGGUGAUGGCUCCCCUGGGCGGCCGCCCCAUGAAGGCUGGGUCUGAAACCCUCGAUGGACCCAGCUCGAUGUCCUUGCGGUUGCACCUCUGGGAAGAAAUCCCUCUUCUCUUCUGGCUUUUUAAAAACAUCCCUCAGAGGGUCAGUGCACCCCCAGCCCUGUCCUUGUCUUCUGGAGGGGCUUUGGGCUUUUAUAAGGGUCUCUGGGACCAGGCCACCCCAGAGGCUCCCUCUCAAACCCCACUGUGGAUGAAGAACAGGCCCUUUCCUUUCCUGUGCGCCUCAGAGCACCCACCCCCAUCCCCUGGUCUCAAUUUCGUGUUGUAUUGUGAUGGGAAUAGCCAAUGGACCUGCCUCUUGCUGAGGCACUGUGCCUCGGGGACACGCAUCAGCCUCCCAGCAAGCCUGGGAGGAGGGUUGGGUUGUUCCCAUUUUGUAGAUGGAGAAUCUGAGGCUCAGGGACAUGCAGUGGCUUACUCGAGAUCAUCACUCCCGAGUAUUAAAUGCAAACCCACACGAGA